UUAACAUCAACAAAAGCGAGAAAAAGAGAAAGAGGAAAGACGAGAGAAGGCCAGAAGGGAAAUGGAAUAGACGAUACGCAAGAGAGAAAAGAACAACUAUGAGGAUAUAAUUAGCAAAAACAGUGGAAAAAAAGCAGAUACUUCCUCCAGUGCCAGCUGAGAUAUGGACGCUGUCAAGCUGAUGAAAGAGCUAAGGGUGAAUUAUGAGCAGGAGGCUCAUUAUCUCCCUAAAGAGACGGGCCUACGUCUCAUCGAAUCCACAGCUCAGGGUGACAGUCGGAUCUCAGCCAAGUGUAGAGAUGCCAAGGUGGAGGACCUUUGGAGUCUUACCAGCUUCUUUGGUUACAGCACGCAGACCUUCGUUCUGGCCGUUAACCUGCUGGACAGAUUCCUGGCCAUGAUCAGGAUCCAGCCAAAGCACCUGUCCUGCGUCAGCCUCAGCUGCCUCCACAUGGCAGCAAAAGUGACGGAGGAGGAGUGCAACCUGACGGCCACCGACGAGCUCAUCCGCAUCGGACAGUGCAGGUUCACCGUGUCCGACCUGUGCCGCAUGGAGAAGAUCAUCGCCGAGAAACUCGACUUCAAGUCCAAAGCCGUCACUGCCUUAACGUUUCUGCAUUUGUACCACCAGAUCGCCCUCUCCCACUCCACCGACAGGAAGGAAAAUCUGAACCUGGAGAAGCUGGAGGCCCAGCUGAAAGCCUGUCUGUGCCGGAUCUCCUUCUCUAAAGCAAAGCCAUCCGUCCUGGCCUUGUCUCUCCUGAGGCAGGAGAUUGAAGCCAUUCGGUCAGCGGACAUGUUGGAGAUAGCCUAUCACAUCCAGAGACACCUGAAGAUUGAGGACCGCGAGCUGCUGCUGUGGAUUGAGCGAGUGGCUCAGUGUCUGUCGGACUACGCGUCCCCCGAAUGCAGCAAACCCAACCACCGGAAGCUGCAGUGGAUCGUGUCGCGGCGGACCGCCCAGAACCUGCACAGCCACCGCAGCGUCCCUGAGCUGCCCACCAUCCCAGAGGGCUGCUGGGAUGAGAGCGAGAGUGAGGAUUCGUGCGAGGACGUGAUGAGUUCAGGUGAAGAGUCUCUGAGCAGUUCCCUGGGCAGCGACGCUGAAGGCCCCUUCUUCCCGCUGCACCUCCGUCGCCAAAAACACCACCAAUACCUCCAUGUCUGAGGCCACCCACCCACCGCCUGCCAUCUUUUAUUUAUUGUUUAUUAAGCUCUGUGGAGAAGUGAACUGGUAGCUGGUAGACUGGAUUACUUUUAGUUUGACUUGUUGGUGACAUUCCAGGAUGCAACUGGAGUCGGGGCUGGAUCUGGUCUCAUACGUUUUGAGCCUAAACUG